CCCCUGCCUCAGUUUCCCUGGAUACGAGGUGAGGCUGGCCCUGUACGGACGCCGCGGUGGGAUGUCAAGGCUCGAUCCGUGCCCCCUGCUAAAGCCAGUUGCGCUGCAGAUCAGUGGUUCUCAGCCCUGCUCCCCGUUCAGGAACCUCAGUCUCCAGCCCGGUGUCCCAGGGCUGGGGCAUGUGACUUAGCUUUACUGACCUGAUUAGUCAACCCUGCUUUGCCACCCCUUACUGCCUGCUCUUGAAACACCCCUCAGCCUUGUCCUGUGAUCCCUUCGGGGGGUGACUCCUAGGAUGAGAAACACUGAUCCAGAGGAGUUGACGUGCCCCCUGGAAGGUCUCUGUGUACCCCCAGGAAUACACGUUCCUCAGGUCCCAGGAGGGGAACCCAGAAGACUGGACCAUCCAGCCAUUGCAGGCCCCUUGUUUGAAAUGGAAGAGCCCGGCACCAAGAUCCCGGCACUGGAGGCCUUUCGUGUAGAGCAGGCUCCUCCAACGGUCUAUUAUGUGCCAGACUUCAUCUCGGAGGCGGAGGAGGCCUGUCUCCUGCACCAGGUCUAUGCUGCCCCCAAGCCCAAGUGGACCCAGCUGUCCGGAAGGAAGCUGCAGAACUGGGGAGGGCUGCCCCACCCCAAAGGGAUGGUCCCGGAGAAGAUGCCAGCCUGGCUGCAGAGCUACGCUGAGAAAGUCUCCGUCCUCGGCGCCUUUGGAGGGAAACUGGCCAACCACGUACUAGUGAACGAAUACCUCCCCGGGCAGGGGAUCAUGCCACAUGAAGACGGGCCUCUGUACUUCCCUACCGUCACCACCAUCAGCCUGGGAUCGCACACGCUGCUGGACUUCUACCGUCCGGUCAGCAGAGGGCAGCAGGCGGCCAGCGAGCAGGUGGCUGCGCCCCAGACGGCGGAGCAACGCCACUUCUUGUCCCUGCUGCUGGAGCCGCGCAGCCUCCUGGUCCUGCGCGAGGACAUGUACGUCCGGUACCUGCAUGGGAUCCAGCCCACCACCUCCGACGCCGUCACGCAGAAGGUGGCCAACGCGGCAGCCUGUGGCGCGGGGCUUGGGGAUGAGCUGCGCCGGGGAACCCGGGUCUCACUCACCAUCCGCCACGUCCCCAAGCAAAGAAUUUGUGGCAGCCCCAACACCCAACCUCCUGUUUUCUCCCUUUGGAAUCUAACGGGGACCAGCAAAGGAUUUGGGCCUGGCAGGAGGGAAGUGCCGUCAUGGGCCCUCGGCCGACGCUCCGGGCUCAUUCAGACUCCUAGUCCCCCCCGAGCUGCCUGCUGCCCCCGCGGGGAUUGUGACGUGUGGGGAGCCGGAGAUGCAAAGGAGCAGCCGGGCUUGGAGCUCUGGGCCUGCUCGUCUGAAGCCUGGGAUGUCCCCUGCACACUGCGGGGAGCCGGUGCCCGGCUGCGGCGUCUGCGCAGCCUCCGUGGAGAAACGGAUCAGGUGCUGCAAAGGCAGAUCCAGGAGAAGCUGCACCACCUGGAGUCCUUAAACAGGCAGUACCGGCAGCUGGUUCAGGCCAGUGGCACCAGUUUGCAGGGCCGGCUCCGGGCUGUGGUCCAGGACAGCAACCAACGCUGGGACAACCUGCAGAAGCGAGCUGCUGCCAUCCUCAAGAGGCUGAAGUAUGUUGUCAGCCAGCGGGAGGAGUUUGAGUGGGAGCGGGAGACCGUGCAGGUGAGGCUCACGGAGCUGGAUCUGCGGCUCACGGAUGUGGAACAUUUCUCAGGAGGCAGCUCGCUGGAGAAAAUUGUGCAGUUGCAGGAGUUCCAGGAGGCCGUGCAGUCCAAUGCGGAGCGACUUGACUGGCUGCUGGUGUCCGGCGAGCGGCUGAUCCAGAGGAGCGAGCCGCAGGACGCUGAGAUCCUGGAGGAGGAGCUGCAGGAUCUGAGCUGCCACUGCCAAGAGGGGCUGCUCAGCAUGAGGCUGGUCUUCGAGGAUGAGUGGCUGUCAGACCGAGACACAGAUGUGGAGUCUGACUGCUUCGAAGAUGCAUCCCUGGAGUCUGAGGUCCAGGGUGAAACUGGGGGGUCCCUUCCCACUGCUUGGAUCUACCAGUCCACCCCACACAAGGCUGUCUGCUGCCAGCACCACCACCGGUUUGAGGCUGCCGGGGGGGACACCUUGGACCUGGAGUGGGACCCCUCGGUGGACGUGGGGGGGUCCACAUCCCACGACGAAGAGGAUUCGUCUUAUUACAGCGCCAUCACAGGUACGGGCUGCCGUGGGUCGUGA